GAUGGAUUUAUCGGGCCAAUGUUCCUCCAGUUCCAACAUGAUUAAAUAUGAGCUUCGUUGGAAUGCACAUUUUUUUUUGUUGUUUAUAAUAAGACAGGGGGUUCAGGAAUGUGUCUUUCAAAGGUGCACUUUAAGCAUCUCUGAAAUUGGGGAGCAUCUCAGCACACUUUGAGAAACGCUGCUGCUUUAGGUUUGUAGUCUACGCAGAGUUCUUAUGGAGCAACAAUUUUAACUAAUGAUGCUUGUCACCAAGGAAAACGUACCUCUUUUGCUUACGUACUUGAUGUUUCAAACUAUUAGUUUGGAAACGAUUUCAGAUCCAACCCAGCCAGAACUAUUUAGCAAAGUAUAAGGUUGGCUUGCUAACUGGAUUAGUAGUUUUGUGUGUGUGUGUGUGUGUGUGUUUGUGUGUGUGUGUGUGUGUGUGUGUGUGUUUCCAGUGUUAGGUCAACCCACAGGAAUUAAGCCUAGGGUGUUAGAAUAAUGAAGUCAUGUUCCCCCAUACUGACUGCAUAGUGGCAAAAGCAACAACAAUCAAAGAAGCCCUGUCCAGAUGGGAAGAAAAGACCGGUCAGAAGCCAUCUGAUGCCAGAGAAAUAAAGCUGUAUGCCCAGAUCCCCCCCAUAGAGAAGAUGGACGCGUCUCUGUCCACACUUGCUAACUGCGAGAAGCUUUCCCUGUCUACAAACUGCAUUGAAAAAAUUGCCAACCUGAAUGGCCUAAAAAACUUGAGGAUUCUGUCCUUAGGAAGAAACAACAUCAAGAACCUAAAUGGACUGGAAGCAGUCGGAGACACACUAGAAGAACUGUGGAUCUCCUACAAUUUUAUUGAGAAGUUGAAAGGGAUCCAUGUAAUGAGGAAACUGAAGAUUCUCUACAUAUCUAAUAACCUGGUAAAAGACUGGGCUGAGUUUGUGAAGCUGGCUGAGCUGCCGUGCCUGGAGGACCUGGUAUUUGUGGGCAAUCCCCUGGAGGAGAAGCAUUCUGCUGAGGGCAACUGGAUUGAAGAAGCUACCAAGAGGGUGCCCAAGCUGAAGAAGCUGGAUGGUACUCCAGUAAUUAAGGAGGAUGAAGAAGAGGAAAGCUAAGAGUGUUCUUUCUACUUUGUGUUAAUUUAUUUAAAUGUUAUGAGAAAAAUAGAUAAGUUUUGUAUAAUUGUCUAUUUUAAAGAUUUUGUGGGCAGAGUUCUUAAGAUAAAACACAUCUCUCACUUCCAUCCUUUUAAAAAAAACCUAUUCAGUGUUUCUCCCUCAAACUAGUAGCACCAACUUAGUCCAGUCCGCCAUUGGAAACUACAAAUGUCCUGGUUUUGUCCAGCUGCAUACAUUACCUGUCUCCUAGUACUUACAGACCAGCAAAGGGACCUGCUGUCUGUACUCAGUUGCUUAGCAUCUUUUAGCCCAGACAUUUUAAAGACAGACUUUCACGUUCGUAGAAGGUUCAGACCCUUAUAGCUCAGAAGCACAAAUGCAGCGCCCCAUUGCUUCAGUAGCAGCGUGGUGAUAGGACGCAUUCCCAUAGAACACAGUGGCACCCAGAAGCAGGAUCCAGCGUCUAAUUGGAAACACUGGUCAGAAAAAGAAGAAUGGCUGUCUUGGAGCUUUCUUGGCUCAUGGUCUACUUUCUUCUUUUUCCAAAACUGUGUGCGCUGUCAACUGGAAUUUAGGUUGUGCUACUUGGAUGGCCGCUUAAGACACUAUGCACAACCAGACACCCAUGGUCUAACGUGGCUGAUGUGGCUGUCGGGAUCACUCCUGGUAGUAAUGCGACCACAUCAACACUUGUGGACCCUGCUUUGUGCAGAUUUUUAAAAUAAUUUCUCAUGUGUUUAAAGCAGUAGUCAAUAGUCCUAAGUCCUACCAUGGAGAUUUCUAAACCCUUUACCCUGAUGAUUUACCCUGCUGCAAAGACUGAAUUUGGUACCUACAAGCAAAUGAAACAGUAUUUCAAAAUAUAUAAUUUUGAGAAGAUCUAAGUUAAACGGCUUUUAAAGUGUAUCAUGUAAGUGGUGUGGAGGGAAGAGAGAGAUGUUUUGGGGUAGACCCCAAGCAAAUGGCAAUACGGUGCAGAUGAUCUCGUGUGGAACACUGUAGGUAUCUUAACCACACUCUGCACAGCAGUAGUUAAGUGUGAAGAUAUAAUUAUCAUGUAAGAAAAAUAGUCUGAAGAAUGUAAAAUGUCAUCAGUACCAGAUGAAGUAUCUAGCGGGCCAUGAUAGAAUCACUGAUUGCAGAGAAGUCAGAAACCCUGCCAAACUGUGCCUAAAGUCUCAGCCAGAGGCUACUGAUUCUUGUCCCUGUCUCCAUGUGCUUCUCCGGCAAGUAAUCAUGACGAAGGGGGCAGAAUCCUUCUUUUUAAUGAUUAUAUAAGUAGUCUCGGUUUGAGAACUUAUAGCUAUCAUUUCAGUAAAAAUGACUCAAUUUCUCCAAGAGUCACACUGGUCAGAAGGGACCACUGCUUUGACAAUCAACUCUAAUCCAUACAAGAAUGCCUGGUUGUGGGGUGGAGAGACAGCUCAGAACUAAGACUGCCUGUUGCUCGGGACCUGAGUUUGUUUCCCGGUUCCCAUGUGGAGGCUCACAACCUCCUGGAACCCCAGGGGAUCUCAUGUCCUUCUCUGGCCUCCCUGGUACCAGGCACACACAUGUUGCACAGACAGAAAUGGAGGCAAAACACUAAAUACAUAAUAAUAAUAAUAAUAAAUUUUUAAGAAAUACCUAGUCUAAUACCUUAUAGCAUUCCUUUUUAGCUUUUCUGAUGGAAAGAAACUUUACACUGACUGGCUUAAACGUUCAGAACCAUUGGCAUUUCUCUUGUGAGCAACAGUAGUGAGACUUCCUUGGUGGUGCAGAAGCGUAUAAGCAGAGAGGGAUGCUGUUGUGGUUGCCUACAGUUUACACAGGCAAGCCUGCUCCACGGAUGGCUGUGCUUCCUGAACUGUACCAGAGUGAGGGUGGGAAGUGGGUAGCUUCAUGCUGGCUCUGUGAAAGACUGACAGUGAGUGUAUGUGUGUUUCCAGAUUCUGUAGUUGGGAAACACCCCUCCCCCAUUUCUUGAUGUCUUUGAAAUCACUGGUGGUUCUCAGAGAUGUGCAAGGUGCUUUUCUGUGUCCAUGUCACAAAAACCAUUUUCAGCUCCUCGCUACAAAUAGUGGAAUGACUUUGAUGCGUUUCUGUUUCUGGAAUUAAAGCCAAAAUGCAUUCAAUUUGAAGGCAAAAGGCCAGCCUAGUCUACAGAGCAAGUUCCAGAACAGCCAAGCCACACAGAGAAACUGUGUCUUGAAAAAUACACCCCCCCCAAAAAAAAAAAACUAAAAAGAAGGAAGGCAGGAAAGAGAAGGAAGGAAGGAAGGCAGGAAAGAAGAGAAGGAAGGAAGACAGGAAGAAAGGAAGGCAGGAAGGAAGGAAGGGAGGAAGGAAGAGGAGGAAGGAAGGAAGGAAAUGGAAGACCGAGUACAUGAGAGAGUUAAGGCUGCCUGCUCCGUCCUCACGUCUAAUUUACUGCUAACAAUGUAGUUGAGGAUGCUGGGUCUUAUGCCAUUCAGUUUGGAGAUGGAACCAACUUGGAAUAGAUGCUUUCUGUAUCAGUUGAACUUCUAGUGUUAAAAACAAUGGUAAGGUGCUGGACAGCCUAGUAUUUUAAUUUUUCACUGUCAAUAUGAUGUUGGUAUAUUAGAGUUCUGCUUCCUAUGUUUCCUAACUCUGAGCUGGUGGCCAUAUUAUCUAUCUAGGCCUUGGAAGACAUUCACACUCCCUGCUUACUGUACCGGAUGUCCUCGGUGUCCGCACUGUUUACAUUUAGGACUGUGUGACUCACUCUUGUGGGGCUGUGCACUGUGUGCUGUUCAGCUGCACCCCCGUCUCUCACUCCCUAGAUGCCAGUAGCUCCUCUCCAGUCGUGGUAACAAAAGAUGCCUCCAAGCAUUGCCCACUGAGCCCGGGAGCAGGUGGGACAGCCAAACUCUAGAUCAGAGCCAGAGGUUCCUAUCCCGGCAUCCCUCUGUGCAGGCCGUUCAUCUCCAGCCUGUACUGAGGCACCGCUCGCAUUAUUGUGGGAGAAGGUGACAUUUUACCGUCAUUGCAGAGCUGAUCAGGUGUGUGGCCCUUUUGUGCAGUGCUGAGUUUCAUGUUCCCCACACAGCCUUAGAAGCUCAGGCCUGGAAGCUGCAACCUCUAUGUAGGAUUUCAAUGUGAGUUUCUCAUUCCCUGCUCUUCUUAGGACAAUGGUUGAUCACUUAAUGUACCUCUGUCACUGUCAACAAAAUCCAACUUUAUGAUAGAUUUUGUUUUUUUGUGUGUGUGGGUUUUUUUUGUUUUUUGGGGUUUUUUUUGUUUGUUUGUUUGUUUGUUUUCGGAGCUGAGGAUCGAACCCAGGGCCUUGCGCUUGCUAGGCAAGUGCUCUACUACUGAGCUAAAUCCCCAACCCCGAUAGAUUUUGUUUUAUUUCUAAAGCUUAGUAUUUGGAUUAUACUUCAGAAAAGGUAUCUUCCUCGACAGAUGUUUUCUGCUGACCGUGUCAGUCAUUAAGUCUAGACCGUGCUGUAUUGAGUAGCUCACGCCUAGAAGUUAGCUGCUGUAGGUGUCCAAUACAAGUGACCAGAGGGUGCUGUCCCUGACCGCUCAGUAACUUGGGAUGCUUCCUGGGGUUGCCCUAAAUGUGGCUCUGGAGUGAGUUUCUUGUUGAAUAGGUGUUUGUCAGGGGUCUGAAAGCAGAAGAGGGAGCAAUGGAAACAAUUCUAUCAUUGGCUCAGAGUUGGUGACAUGGAAAAUGGGGGAAUCUUUUACCUAGGUUGUUCUAGAGGUUAAAAAAAAAAGCUAGCCUAGAAAGUUUGCAUUUAAUCAUCCCAGUAGUAGUUCACAGUUCACUGAGACCAUAAACAACAAUACAUGGGUAAAGGGAGAAAACCUGUCCUUCCCACAGUCAGCCUCAGACACGCUUGUCCUUUAUGUGGAGCCAUAAUGAGUCUGUGGAUAAUGAAGCGACCUCCAAUGCAGCAGAGAGGCGGGCUGUUUGGGACAGCUGCCUAGACCACAGUCUUUCAUCUCCACCUAGUGUGAAAGGUAGGAAAGCCUAAGACACAUGGGAAUUAAAGCAGUUUACACUAGCAGUCACUCAACUGUUCACUUCCGUGUUUGUGGAUCAGUGCCUGCCUUUUACUCAUCACUAACUGUAAGGAAGCAAGCAGAGGGAAAACUAUAGGCCUGUAGCCUAAUAGAAAUCGGUUCACUGAACACGUGAGGAAUUCUGAUCAAUUCUCAUUGAUUUGCCAUAUUGGGCAGAUUAGAGAACCCAGACAACCAAAUUAUGUGACAAAGAUUUAACAAGGAAAAUAGACUAUUUUGAAAUAGAUUUGCACUUUAAAAUUCUGAGUGUGGCUCAUGGGCAAGUACUUCCAAAGGGCCGAGCCUGCACACACAUGUCCAGACUUCAGCCUUUGUCCACACACGCUGCAGUAGCUGUCUGUCUUCAUGGUCACUUAGGAUGUCUGCCUGGGUUGUGUCCAAGGUUGUCGUCCCUCUGGGAGGGUUUAAAAUAGCUUUUCAAUUCAGAAUAGAAACUUUGGUUUGGUUUGAAUUAGUUUGGUUUUCGUUUUUCAAGACAGGGUUUCCCAGGCUGUCGUAGAACUCACUCUGUAGACCAGGCUGGCCUCAGAUGCCGAGAUCCACCUGCCUCUGCCUCCCCAGUGCUGGAGUUAAAGACGUGCACCACCACUGCCUGGCCCACAUCUCAAUUUGACAUUUUCAUUACAUUACCAUUCAUUACAUGGUAGGCCUCCAAUCAGUGGGAGACGCUGCCUAUGACACUGUUGCCAAGUGGCCAGUGGAGAGCAGAAGGGACAAGCAGUCUACCAGCCUCUCCCACGUUGUUCUUCAUGGCAGGAGCAUCAUUCUAAAGCUUUGGCUUCCAGAACCACGUUCAUUCUGAAGAGCAUUUUAACAUCUGCUAAUGCUUUGGUAAUAAUCUUUUAUACAUGGGAGUUUUGUAGCAUGACUUUAGGACUAAACUUAUUGUGCAUUAAAUUAUUUAGUAAUAUUGAGUUUCUGAAUGUUAUUUUGUGAAACUUGUUUUAAAAUAGUAAUAAAUCAUGUUAUUUUAUAAAAAAAGUCCUUUGGUUAUUAUGUUUUAUUAAUAUAGAAUAACUCUCAUGAUACUUGGUUUCUGAAGCAAUUCAGAUUUUGAGAAGCUGAGUCCAUGCAUGUGGUGAUAGGGCCAGGGAGGAGAGAAAAGGAGAGAGAACAACAGGGGUGGAGAGACACUUACCUGGGGUUGAUUGACUAAUCGAUAGAUCAAUAGAUUGAUGGAUUGAGUGAGGCAAAGUCUCAGUGUGUAGCUCUCACUGUUCUAGAACUCACUAUAUAGAGUAGACUGGUCUCAGAGAUCUGCCUGCUUCUGCCUCCCUAAUGCUUGGAUUAAAGGUGUGCACAACACCCAGCUGAACCAAUCUGCUAAUUUCUUCCUCACUUAACACUAGUGAGAAUGUCCCUUGCUGACUUUCUAACUCACCUGCCAUUAUGUGUCCACUGGAAAGAGCACUCCCCUGGUCACCAAGCUGCUCCUGCCCUUGACCAUCCUUAGUAAAGGUUAGCUGAGAGACCUCUGAGAAGCAGGGUAACCCCACAGUAUCAGGAGCACCAUACAAAUGCCAGUGUAUAGUCCAUGCUAUCAGUCAAAACGCAAUUUAGUUACAGAAUAAAACUGCCAUGAGGUUUCUACGAUCCCACUGUUCCUUGAAUAUACCUGUCUAAAAGAAACCAGGAUUUAAAAGUUUUUGAACGGGCUGGAGAGAUGGUUCAGUGGUUAAGAGCACUGACUGCUCUUCCAGAGGACCUGAGUUCAAUCCCCAACAACCACAUGGUGGCUCACAACCAUCUGUAAUGGGACCUGAUGCCCUCUUCUGGUGUGUCUGAAGACAGCUACAGUGUACUCGUAUACAUAAAAUCUUUUUUAAAAAGUUUUGAGCUUCUAGAGAAGAAACAAAUCAAUUUCUAGUUACUUUUAAUUCACUGUUUCCUUGUUCAAAGGAUGUGUGUCUAUCAGCAUCUCAGGAGACUGAGGCAGGAGGCUAACCAAGUCUAAGAAUUACCUCGGCUACAGAGGAAACUCACCUCAGAAAAACCGGGGGAAGGGCAAUGCGCACCUGUGAUCCUGACAUUGCCUUAUGUUUUGUAUUAUGUGUGGAUAUAUGGGCAUGUAGAUAUGCACAGUUCUUACAUUAAAAAGUAAAAUACUUUUCCUCAUAGGAUGCAAUCAGUCAGCUAUAUAAAAAAAGGAUACUAAACAUGUUGGCACAAGUAUAUACUACCAGCACUAGGGAGGACGAGGCAGGAGAUUGUAAGUUCAAAGCCAGCCUCAGCCAUAGCAAGUUGCAGGACUGCUUCUUUGUACGAUUCGAGACUUCUAAACAACAGAACAGUGGGCAGGCCUGCCGGUCAAUGGUAAAGCGCUUGACCUGCAUGCGCAUGAUCCUGGGUUCACUCCUCGCUGCUGAAGAAAGCCGUCUAGCAACCAUCGAGUUGAGGUUGGAUUGGCGGGAUAGCGUGGGCUGGUGAGGUGGCACAGCAUGUGAAGGCUGUUACCGUUGAGCUGCUGACAACCUGAGUUUGAUCCCCCAAGCCUAUGUGGUGGGAAGAGAGAGUUGUCCUGUGUCCUCCAUAUUUUUACCCACAAUCAAAACGCAUACUGGGUUCCUCUGGGAAGCCAAGGAUGCCGACAUGAAAAAUGUAGAAUCCAUCCUUGUUUUUAAGAACAUAUACCUAAGUGUAUGAGUUGGGAGUCUGGUUGGUUAGCAUGUGGUGGCAGAUUUCAAACAUGUAUAAACGUGUAAGAAGUCAAAUCUUAUGUUGAGGGACCCACGUGGUAGGAGAAGAAAAUCAAUUCCUGCAAGUUGUCCUUUGGCCUCCAUAUUCAUACCAUGACAUGCACAUCAACAUAUAUACACACAGUAUUCUAAAGAAAAGUCUGGAAGAACACAUAAAGAAUAUUAGCAUUCACAAGCAAACAACCACAGUUAACACAUGGCACUGGAGUUCGGUCACCCCAUUCUCUGCCCCUGAGUUGAUAGUUCACUGGUGCCUCCACGAAGUCGAACCUCAGAGACAGACAGGCACGUAGCCCGUAUUACACCAGCUCUAGUCUUCAACCCUAAGAGAAAAUUUAAUGGCAUUUCCAGUUUUACCCAGGAGCUCAGAGGUUGGGCUCUGAAGUCACUGAAACGUAUAAAAUAGCUCCUGGGAAACAAAUACUUUGCACACAUGUGACUGGACCAUUGUUUCUGUACUGAAACAGUCACACAAUGACUUUAAAACAGAAAGAUUGCUAGAUAACCUAAGCCCCAAUUCAAAUUUUUGUCAAAUUUCAUAGAAACAUAUCUCUUCAGACAUUAUCACUUGCCUUGAGGAAGUCAUGUGAAACCCACGGAAAGGUAUAGCAAAGGCCAAAUGUAGCAGUGUCUGCCUAGAAUCCCAGCCCCGAGAGAGAGCCAGGACGACAACAGGUUUAACAACAGCCCAUGCUACACAGUGGGACUAUGUCUAAAAAAAAUAGCUAGGAGAAGUGUCUCAUACCUGUAACCCAGGCUCUGUGGAGGCUGAAGGCAGGACUGCUGCAAGUUUGAGGCCAUCCUGGGCUACAGAGUGAAUUUCAGGCCAGCCUCAGCUACAGAGUGGGACUGUAACAGAACAACCAAGGAACUCGGCCAACCAAAAUGUGUAGGUGACACUGCACCUUGAGUUCAUAGCAGGGGGGUAGUUUAGUUUGUUUUUUUAAACAUGAGCAAAAGUCCUUGUCAGGAGAAAAAAGUAUGUGAAGCUAAAUUAUGCUGAAAAAUUGUAUGCAUGUCAGGAAAAAAGAGAAUUUUCAAAUUUUUUUUGUAUCCAUCUAUUCAAUAACUUCAAACUUAGAACCCUUAGCAUCAAUAUGACCAAUAAUGACAAAUAUUUGAAGUGAGGAAGUGUAGCUUGUCCAGGGCCAUUCCCCCUAUGACUUACAUCUGUAUCUUCCACUGUGAAGGAUUUAUUGUGCACUCUAUAAAAACACAUCUUUCUAACCCGCCACUUCUAAUCUGGGGAUACUUUUCAGGGAAACUGAUUCCAGUGUUGAGCCACGAGGAAUUAGAAAUCUGCAUUUUCAAGAUGAGUAAUAUCUAAAAGUCGCAUUCUUUCCAUGGAUACAAAUUAGCAACAAUUUACAGUAAAGCUGUCCACAGUGUUAGUAACAAAUAAAUACAAGAGUUUGUAGUGUACAGCCUGUGAACCGGGCAUGUACUUAGCAUCAGAACUUGCAGUUUCACAAACAUCGUGACAGGAAGGAUCGCAGCUUCAUGUUUCUCACAGCUGUCAGAGAUGUCACCAGGAGGGCUGGCAUCACUGUAGCACUAUGAACCGCCUUUACUCCUGCUAAUUACACAAUUCUGUGAAUGCUACAGGAAUAUGCGGGCCUGACUUUCUCAUCCCAUUCCUCAGAAAACAAAACAAAGGCAGGAGGAGGCUGGCUGUUUACUUUAAGGGACAGGCUUACUAAAACUUCACAGGAAUAUCAAAAGCAGCCUGGCCAGUCCUGGGAUUCAGAAGUGCCCCUCUAGGCCUAGCUGCAAAAGGGCAGCCUCGGCCUCCUCCUCCUCCUCUUUGGCUUCCUCCUCUCGAAUCUGCACCAGUAACUGGAAGAGGUUGGGUGCAGGCCCUUCUGUAGCCCCAGUCAGCCACAACUGCCUUCGGAGGGCCCCGCUGUGGUUGGCCCCAGCGAUGACCUGUUCCAGGCGAGCCUGGUUCACGUUAUCUUUAUCAAUGGCCCCCUUGUCCACUACCUUUUGCAGCAGAGGCUCCAGACGGAUAACGUAAGAAGAUAACUUUUCUCCUGGGUUUUGGUAAGUGUUCAGAAAUCUGACCUGUGCAUCUCUAGAGCUCUCCACGCUCCCAAACACCUGCUCAAGAGCCUUCAGGCAUUCUGCCGUGGUUAUAGCAGGGUUGUUGGUCUUGAGGAUGCGAAUGACAUCGGCAGCCGGGCCUCGCAAACUCUCCAUCAACCGCCGUCUCUUUUCUAUAUCAGACACCUGCCAUUCCUCUAUGACUUCAUUCGAGUGCUCCAGCCAGGAAUCAAAGGUCUCCUCGCCAGGCCCGGGAAUGUCCCUCCCGGAGAACAAAGUCAGCUUCUUAUACCAUAUGGACUCAACAAGAGGUUGAAUAACAUUAUCCAAAAUAUAGUUGAGCAUCUCUGCUGGCAUUUCCGGGCCUGGGGCUGGAGCAGGGUUCUGAAACCCAAGCACACGAGCAACAUCUUGCACCGUCCACCCUUCCCUAGCUAGAAAGAGGUGCAGCCUUUCCAAAAACUCCGCGUCGGAAGUGGGGGGCUUAAACACUACUUUCCAGAGCCCUCCUUUGCCUGGCAUCUCCCUGGGGAUCAGGGAGUAAUCCACCGUCCCAGUGAGCUCUAACAAGGCUGCUUUCGCAUUUUCUUCCCUCCAGAACAUUCUCCCCAGUACUCGAUAGGAUACCUGGGGCAUCGCAGCUUGGAGGGUCUCUUCGAUUUCGGUCUCAUCACAGUUCACAGGGAUCCCCCAGACCAACAGAGCUCUCUGAGAGUUCACAUCCAUUCCCCUGCACCAGUCUUCCAAUAGUGUCAUAGCCAUUUCGCCCAACUAUUAAGAGUGCCAGUUCUACAGACUGUGCUUGGACUGGCUCACGGUGCUGCUGUUGGGCUUAGGACAACAUGCUCUCCUCCCCCGGUAGGCCAGGGGGCGACAAGCUUCAAGCAACCACAAUUACCAAAAGACACCAGAGUUCCUUCUGGUCCCUUCCGGGUCCCAAGUCAGUGCCACGGGACACUCCGCCUAUCACUCGAAUGUCGCCCUUUUGGUCCGGGCAGGAGUGGACUGGCUGCGGCUGUGCCUUGCGUCACUGCUUUGAGAAGGGGAGGAAGGUGGGCUCAAGGCGGUUGGCUGCGGGCUGGAGAUGACUGGGUGCGGUCGCGGGGCGUGGCAGCUCCUCCCACCUCUCCCUGGCCCGCGGGCGGCCGAGGGUUACUCGAGGCCGUGGCUCAGCUACACCGAGAGAGGCGGCACUCGAAGCACCGGGGACUGAGGCGGCAGGAAGCGCGAAGGAGGGAGGAACCGGGCUGGAGGCAGCUCUGCUCAGCGCUUAUGGCCGCGCGCUCCAGC